GUUAAGUUACAAAAGCACUCUACGAAACAUUUACUCCACACUCAAAAUGACCACAUUUAUUUCUUACGUCCGGAAAUCACUAAUCGCUACUAUUCCGAAGCCUUCUCCUGAACAUUGGGUAAGGAUUGAAUCAAGUUAUAUGCUAGUUGAAAUGUCGCCGACGUCUAGAGGAGCAACAAUCGACGAGAAUUGGAAAGGCACCGCUGGAACUGAGGUCAUAGCUCAAAUUAUAUGUUCAAACCCUAUCAUCCUGUUGUCGCCGUCUUUUUCUCAUAAUAUAUAGCGGACCUGAUAUCGGCAGAAGAAGGACCAGGGGUAAAGAGCGAUGAUCACGCUUCGGAUGACAUUCCCUUUAGCCGGGAAUCGAAAGCUGGCAGCAGCUAUGGUACGUGAGCUGGGUUCCUCAGGCGCAGUGCAUAGAAUUCUUGUUUACAGUACUACAGAUAAGCUGAUUACACCGGAUAACGAUAAUAAUCUUGAUGCCGGAAUCGCUUGUUGUAUUCCGGAUAACAGGCCGCCGGGUAACCACGUAUUAAAGCCGGAAAGCCAACAACCACUUUCCAAUCACACAGCCGACGAGCAUGAAAAUAUCGAUGAUGUAAUUGAUAAGGAAAAAGUCCCGCGGGUUUCCAAACGACAAAGAUCUGACUCUCCCUCUGGAAUAAACUCACACUGCUAUAAAAAGCGACAAAAGCGUUCUCCUUUACCAAUUCCAGAGAAUGACAAGGACGACAGGGCUUCUAGCAUCAACUACGACCUAUAUUGGAUGGUCCGCGAAAUAAUUGGCGAACGUAAUGUUGAUGGUGUAAAACACUACUUAGUGUCGUAUACCAGCUAUUUCAGUCACACCCUUUCCGUUUCGUAAUUCUAGUUUCGUAGGAUUUUGGUAGGGAAGUGUGGGGUUGAGGGGUAUUGGGUACUGAAGACCAUGGAGAAUUGAUUAAAUUGUAAGAAGUAGGCUAGCUAGGACUAUAUUUAAGGAAUGAAUGUGGAUAAAAGAGAGGAUUGCAUAAUAAAACAGGGUAAUACGCUGUGGUAGUGCUUAAAAUAUAUAAUCAAACAAUGUGAGAAAACGUACCUCGUUUCACCUUUUCUAUAUAAAAGUGAAAACGGUGUUGAUUUAGGUGAUUUUUGACAUCGAUACCAUUCGGCAUGAGUAUAGUGACCUCGUCGGUGUUCUCGUUCUUGAUCGGAACAAAGAAGUCCUUCAAUUCGACCUGGAGGAGAUGAAUGCUCUUGUUAUAGGAUAAUAAGAUAGACAUUUUAGGAACUGUUAUUGGAUUUUCAAGGUAUGGGGUCAAGCAUGUUAUGUAAAAUUGAUUGUCUUGUGAAAGAAGCUGUUGUCCAGUAUAUAUAUCUAGGAAUAGGGGCAAAAGAGUGGAGUAGCAUCCCAAUGUAGAAACAGUGUAAGUAAUAAAAUGUUUCCUCUGGAGCGAAUCUGCGGCAACGUUAGGGGGUUUUCUUUCAUUGUUAGCAGUUUAGGGGGGUACGUGGGCAUCGGGCACAGUGAUUACUUGCAUGCUACGCUUGGCUCGCGUUCUUUAUCUUAUAUUUUCUUUCAAGAAAGGGGGAAUCUUUCCAACCACUGAAAGCAGGCCUCACACUGGAAUAGAACCUGGUACACCUUGCCAUUUCGCUAUUUCUCAACAAAAACUGACGGCUUUUCCCCCUAGAACCUCUCUAUCAAUUCUUUCUGGAAAGGCCCUUUGCAAUAAAUGAUUUGUUUUAAGCGUUUCUAGUUUUCUAGUAAGAUGUUUCAAAUUGAAGUUUACUUAUGAACGAGUGGUCUGAAGAUUGAUUACAUUCAAUUUUAUAGAUAUAAAAUAGAUAACCUGAGUCUAUCCCCUCCACCUACUCUAUCUUACUUCUCCCUCCCUCCGGUCAAAACUCCUAAAAUUGAAUCACAACCUUCGUCUCCAGCUUCUGGUCAAACCUCUUAUAGUAUUCCGGCGCGUCUCCAAUAUCGAUUACCUUGCUCACAAUGAAAUCCGGCUUCGCAGCUACUUUUUAUUUUGAAGCAACUUAGGAUGGACCACUUGAAAAAGAGUCCGUAUCUAUCACGGUGUAACGAAUCUCAAACUAUCUAAACAAAGGUUGCCGGUUUCGACGGUUAGUAUACAGGUAAUAAGAACAUAUGCGCACAAUCAUAAGGCAGGUUAAGUGAAGCAUGUAUAAUCACAUGUAAUGUUAUGAUUCGUGAUUCAGAGGCUGUUCGCAGCAAUAACAUAUCAAUAUAUAUGAAUGUUCAAUGCUUGUUUACUUAUGUCCUUAUUUCGUAACUUGAUCAAACUUGAUUAUCUUACUAAAUUGUUUUAUAAUCACCACGCUUGAUUUGACCACCCCGCUUUACUGCCCCACUCGAGUUAAUCACCAUAAUCACCGCACUCAAUUUAAUCACCAUGAUCCACUAGUGUUUUAGGAAAUCUCAAGAUUCAUAAAGACGAUACAACACUAGGAAUCUUAACUUCGAAAAUGCAGAGUUUGUUUACACAUGUGAUCUACUCAAUUUAUUACGAAACUUCACCUAGAAACCACGGACCUUCAGGUAGAGAGAGAACUUGAAUCUGUUACAAUUAUUUUAGAUGCACAAUUAUUUUGGAUGCACAAUUAUUUUAGAAGUACAAUUAUUUUAGCAGUGCAUUUUAUGUAGAUGUACAAUUAUUUUGGAUGCAUAAUUAUUGUAGAAGCACAAUUAUUUUGGAUGCACAAUUAUUUUUGCAGUGCAAUUUGUGUAGUUGUACAAUUAUUUUGGAUGCACAAUUAUUUUAGAUGUACCCUUGCUACGACAGAACAGGCUAAAUAUAAAAAACAUUGGAACAGAGUAAAGAAUCUUACACGAUAAGCGAACCGACUUCAAAGGAACCGCUCGGAUAGCCAUCGAACAUUUAGCAUUUCUAUAUACAAGCCAGCAGAUUGAUAGAAAGAUUAUCGACCAGUUAAGAGAUCUCGAGGGUGAAGGACGUAGACUAGAGGAACUAAACCACCGAAUUCCGGCAAUUGUUGAUAACUCGGUGUUGGAAGCCGCACUUCGCGAAGGGCGCUCCCUGCGUGUUUCGCUGUGAGCCUGUAAAAGGCGAGCUUAAUAACCGUUUGCCAAUAUCAAUUUAAAGCACAUGCUUAUUGUUGGAAUACAGCACUUCUUGCAAUUAUAUAUUUCCAAGAAGCAAGAUUACGGGAAGAGGGAAUCCCAAUCGGUUCUAGAAGGUCUUCGAAAGCAAUAGAAGAAAGAUGACUCAAACUUGUGUUCCUAAAAAGGACGAACUAAAUAAAUGUGAGGGUACAGACGGAAGCGAUGUGGCCCGUGCCCUUGGAACUGUAAAUAGCUUCAGAUCUUACGAUCACUUCCACUCUUUGUAGACAAUUUAGUUCUUACGCAUACAGUUGACCUUGUCGCUAUCGCACCCUUACAAUAAAGCGGUUUGUUAAACCACCCCUGCAUAGGACAAUUGGGUGGCAUUUUCUGAUGGCCAGAUUAUUCAUUAAUGGUUAGAGCGAAUAGAGGUCUAGAGUGAUGACCAAAUUAGCCUUAGUCCGUUUUGGUCACGACAAGGGUCAUAGGCCUAUCCACUUAAGAUCCUCUUAUAUCUAGUUACAUUGCUAAAGCGGAUAAAGGCUUAGCUAGAUACAUAAUAUAAGGAAAUUUCUAGAGUUCAAAUUUGGCUCUUCUAAAAACACAUUCGCUAAAGUUGGCUGUUUCUAAAUUAAGAAUACUCAAUUUUAACAACCCUUUCUUUCGUGUGGAGGUUCCGCAUAAAACAGCCCCGCUGCGAUAUUUGCUUGAGGAAGCUUUCUCUUUAGAAAUCCAACUCUGGAACGCAAAAUGACCAUUUUGCAGCUCGACAGAUCUUGAAGCUUCGGAGGCGCGACUUGCUACCUAAGGUCCCCGAGGAAAAAGGCCAACGCAUCCACUAUAACAAAUUUAGCGCGAUUGAGUUUGGCCGCGCAAAAUACGUUUCCCUCGGCAAUUAUUCCCGCCAGCACAUCUUUACAACAUCACUACCUAGCACCUCAUCUAGAGCAGAAAACUGCCCUGUCUUGAAACGGCUCACAAUUUCUACCUUGUCCUUCCAAGGAUUCAGUUCCAGAAAGGGCAGGUGACCCUUUAUUAUGAAAUAUAUAGCUGACCCUAAAGCGAGAAUAUUAGUCAUUCAAUUCGCGUCAUUUAGAUUUGAUCGUGGCAUCGAUGACUUAACACCCUCAGCCGGUAAAUUAUGCUAUCGGGAUAUAGAAGUCUCCCUUGGAAGUCGCAAAAUCCGAUGUUCAAAUCUUUGUCAAGGAGCAGAUUUCCAACACUAACAUCGCAGUGAAUGACUCCUCGUGUGAAUAUACGCAACAUGGUACGCUAUCACAUUAAUGCACUUAGAAGGCUACAGGAGUAGUAACUGAUCAACUUUCAUAAUUCUUUCUAUGUGGGAAAUAUUGCUUGCACACGAGCCAAUACGGCCAUGUUUCGCAACUCGUCCUCCGUUGUUGAGGAUUUGAAGGCAGGAAAAGUAGAUUUGAUGGGAAGGAAGGUAACUAAGGAGGAUCCAAAUUUCUACGGUGGGUUCAAAAGGUUCGAUGAUUAGCCCGCAAAAAGUUGAUGGUAGAAGGACUAUGAAGCUACGCGGCAAAUCCUUGGUGUGGUACCUGAAUUGGCUCCCGGCCUAUUCGAGCGUCAAACUCAAAGUAACCAGGGGAUCCGAAAUAUGUUGCUGGUGAGUCACAUCUCUCAAUUGCACGGCCAUCACAGGUCUAAACGUACCCCCACCCGAUGGAUUGGUUUUGCAAGAUGGUAGACCUUGAUUAAGCUGGAUGUGAUUGAAGGUCACAGUGAAACGUGUUUGAAAGGAAGUGGGGCUUUGUGCUAUGUAUAAUAGUACUCAUUUACUUAAAUCUAAGUGUUUUAUCUUAUAUAAGCUAGUGUUUCUAAGCAAGUUCUAAGGUACUUAUAGAGUGGUGCAAAAAGUAGUCUUCUACUACGAUCUCUAUUUUCUGUUUACUACCUUUCUAUUUUCCGUUUAUAGGGGCUAUUACAACGUAACAUUAAUUAAUAAUAUAGUCUCUAUAGCUUAUUGUUGUGCUGGAUAGUCACGUGGCAGCCCCACUGUCGCGGGUUGUAUCAUGUGACUUAGCGGCCCACUAUUCUCCUGUAUAUAAUGCCUACGUGGCCACUCCCAGUUCCAUAAUCAAUCAAUCACUUGUGUCAUUCUCAACCCAACAGUUAUGAGCCCGGUCGCCGCUUAUUGCGCACCUUCGCUGUCGGGACUUGACACUUGAUUCCUUUAUCUCCUUUGGAAAGAGAUAUCGUACAGUUUUGUGAGGCUCGCGGUGACGCGUCUGCUAGCCUUCAACGUAAGACAAUUAUAAAAAUUAUUGGGUUGAGAGUAUGGGAUACUGAAGGUUAUAGAGAAUUGAUUGAUUCUGGAACUGGGAGUGGCUAGGUGGCCUUAUAUACAGGAGAAUAGUAACUAACAAAUGAUACAAUCAUUAGUAACUAUGGUACAAUCAAUAGUGACGUGAUUAUAGUGGUGCAGCCGUCAUCAGUGUACGCUACAGAAUAGACCAAGUGUUGGUGUAGACCUAGCACAAAUUGUGAUGUAAUAAGACAGUGGAUCCUAGUGCAACAAAAAUUUAUUUUCUGGGGGAGCCAGAUCAGGAGAAGUACACUGAGGCACAGGAUUCCCACCUAGGUCAAGGAGUCUAGUUGGGAGGUUGGAUUUUAAAUUUUAUAGUAGCAGACGGAGUUUUUGGUGUUCCUCAGGGGAGGAGGUUCAGGGAACCAAUCAGAGGGCAAGAAAGUCAAGGCGAGCAGGGUGGCUGCUUACCUGGUCUGUGCACAUGCUCUCCCCCAUCAAAACUCAACCACGAAACUUCUAUACCUAGUAACUGUAUUAAAUAAUGGGUUUAUUAGAAAGCGCGUUGCGGUGCACGUAUCGCAUACAUAUGAAAUGACACAUGUACAGUUUACAGCGUCUGAAACCCUCUCCUUGCCUUAACCCUAAUAAAUGAAUCUAACCAAAUGAAUCUUAUCGCCUCGGCAAAUCCACGCUAACGGGUUGUAUGGAAAAUCAAAUGAAUCUUAUAUAAGAUUCAUUCAACAAUUAUGGAUAGGCUUCGUAUGUUAUCUGCCUCCUUAUAUACACAAAUCUGAUCGGCGUUUCGCGGUUUGGGAUUUGAGCUCGAGGCUUGUCCUUUGCUUGAGAGAUUCUGUAGACUUUGCUGGACCUCUUCGUUGCGAUCACUGAGGGUGUUGGCAUGGUUCUCGAAAAUAAUGCCAUUGCCUAAGUUGAAAUCACGGCGGGCCUCUUCUAUCCCUUGAAGAUGGGAGAUGAUAUGUGUCGUUGGUCGCUCAACGGCUAAGCGCUGUACACGAAGAUCCACAGAGUCCGUCUGGCUCAUCGGAUGAGACCUCAGACGUUGAAACUCCAAGCAAACCAAGAGCUCUUACGCAACAGUCUAAUGCCGGACAGAUACGUUCCGUCAAAACAUCACAGGCAGCUGAAGAGAGUGAUGUCCGUCACCGCCAAUACUGCACACAGGCCUGCUUAUUAGGGCUUGUGCGAAAACGUCCCUUGGACGAUGCUUGUCCGAAUGUCAAUGCACAUCGUGCUCAUAAGACUAGCAACUACCAUGCUUUGGGGCGGAAAUCCCUCAUCAAAUUUAUGUCCCGCCAACUCGCCGAAAACCCCGACAAUGGGUGUGAGCCACUUGGAAAACAAAGCGCCUGUGGGGCUCUGUUUAGACUGACGCUUGAAUGGUAUAGAUAUACUUUCGUUGCCAAAGGGACUGUAACGGCAUUUGAGGCUAAGUUGAAGCACGAAGGGUUGGUCUACCAACACCUGAAUGAGGUUCAAGGAGAGCUUAUACCCGUCUACCUUGGGAACAUCUCUCUCGUCUACCCCUACUUUCUUAACGUUGGAGUCAGAAUAGUUCACAUGCUGCUAAUGUCAUGGGCCGGCGAGCAGGCACAUAAAGAUUUAUUGUUAGCCAUGGGACGGGAUUUGGCUGCGGAAACAAACGGGGCAGUUGCAAAGAUGUUAGAUUGCGGAGUAGAGCAUCGCGAUGUGCGGCCGCCGAAUGUUCUAUGGAAUUCCGAAGGUCAAAAGGUGAUACUAGUGGAUUUUGAGCGUUCGGAGAUCUUAAAGCAGAUGCCGAUUCUCCAGGAGAUAUCGCCUAAUCGGAAGCGGAAGCAUCUGUACCUCGCCGAUACGGCAUCGUGUAGUGGCCAACAUCACCACCAGCGUUUCAUUAGUGCUAUUACAUGAGUUACUACUCCUGUAGCCUACUAAGUGUUUCAAUAUGGUAGCGUGCUAUUGUUGAGCCUGCUGUUGUUCUCGGGCCUGUUGAUGAGCGUGUUGCUAUUGUUAAGCCUGCUGUCGAGCCUUUUGUUGGGCUUAUUGAGUCAAACAGACUGGACAGACGAAUACAGUGACGAUAGAACCCAUCUCCCCCCCAGGACCUCUCACCGUGCAAGAUAAACAAGAUCAACGCUCUACUGAAAAUGUCGUCCCUCAGACCCACAACAGCGACUUCUAAGACGAAUAGAUCGGCAUCAGAGGGCAGCCACUUGACAAGCACUAAUCAUUCCAUGGAUGAGGCCAUGAACGAUACGAGGCACCCACAGCCCCGAUAUUCGCCAUCUCUGUACUCGAGUACUUCAAACAAAGUUCGACCAAAGAUGAGGCAUCUCGAGCCGACCUCUUACGAGACGAUGAUGGAAAAUACGAAAUCAACGGAGAGGACCCAAGGCUGUUUUUCGACAUCGUAUCACCAUCCAGCACAUUUAUUUGCGGAUCUCAAGGAUUGGGAAAGAGCCACACCCUAUCCUGUCUGCUCGAAAACUGCUUGACCGCCUUCGAUGCCCCCGAAAGCGCCGAUCUUCUCAGCAAAGGGAAUGGGAAAUAG